UGUAAUCUGUUGUCCUUGUUGUGCAUAUUCACAACAGUACAGUGUGUUAUUUGACCUAUUCCAUUGUCCGUUCAUUUGCGCCCCCUGUUGUGGGUCCGUGUACUUACACUUUCCCAACAGUGCUGUCCCUAUCCUCAUCAUCAACACACCACCCACUCUCCACCAGGCUGCAGUAAACUGCUGAAUCCAGUGUGUGGAUGUCAUCUUGUUUGGGAUGCUGUCCUGCUGUCCCACCGCUGUGCUGUCUCUACCCUCAUCCUCAACGCACCCACUUCCGAAUCUCCACCAGGCUGCAAUACAAUGUGGAAUCCAGUGUGUGGAUGUCGUGUUGUUUGGGAUGCUGUCCUGCUGUCCCAACGCUGCUCCUAACCCUCAUCCUCAACACACCACCCACUCUCCACCAGGCUGUAAGAAUAAUACAUGAUUACAUAUAAUACAUCAUAAUUAAUCAUAACAUUCCAUAAAAAGAAAUAUCAACAAUCAAAAUCAUAGAUAGAUAGACAGACAAGGAAAUAAUAACUUCAAUGUUUAACACCUCUCAUUUUGUUUUUCCCAAAAAACAAACUCUUGAGGACCAGACUGCCUGCUUUACCAUGACGUGUGUGACGGCGUACUGGAAAGGCCCCUAUCUGCUGCCUUUAAUGGAGUGUGAGCUUUGCCACAACAAGUACAACUACUUACGCCAACACCUAUACAAGGGUCAUGGCAUAAGAAAUAAGGAGGAGCUGAGCCUCCUUAUGACGUCUGCAACAGGCCGGGGAAACAAAGGCAAGUUACCGUGCCCCUUGUGCAACAUGGAAUUCGCACGUCUGGACAAGCACUUGCGGUUCCAACACAAGGAUCUGACUGAGCCUCAGAGGAAGGACCUGUUGCGACAGGUCCUAAAAAAGAAGGUCCUGCAGGACCUUCGUACACUGCGUGCCUCACUGCCAGUAGUACCGAUGGUUAGCACCCUGGACUUGGUUGAGGAGGAGGAGGAGGAGGAGGAGGAGGGCCGCCGGGAUGCCCCCCCUGCCCCGGAAGCACCAACAACCUCCACUGCUGCCACUGCCCUCUCUUGCCCUGGCUGCAGGGUGAGAGAUGAAACCAUCCGCCGUCAUGUGAUGACCAUCACUGUGUUGAGGGCACGCUUGGUCAAGAGCACGCGUGCACCACCACGUCGUAAACACCAGCGGACCCGAGAGACAGUUGCGGCGGGAGAGGAACACAGUCUUCCAGGAUACGAGCAACUCUUGGAACUUUUUCGGCAACGAAUUACGACACGGCAUGCCACCACCAAGGAGGCAUCCAAUGUCCAACAACGUGUGCAGUCAGUGCGCCAAUUUCUGUUGGCCUCUGCCAGGGGUUCGGUGCCAAGGAGGGACCUGCUGCAUCUCAAAGAUCACAGCAGGAUCACCGAAGCUGCCGACGCCUGGAAGGAGCGUGGUCUGGCCCCUACCACUGUCAAGAAGAAAUUAAUUGACACCUCUGAGUUUUUUAAAUGGGUGGGUAGAGCGUGGCCUGAGGGUGUGCGCCUGUCUGACCGCAAUUUGUCCGGAAUAAGGGAUGUGCUGUCGAGGGAGCUCCGCAAUCUGGCUGGCACCGUUGUGACACACGUCGUGUCCGUUAGAAGGCGGAAAUCUGAGAAGGUCCUCCCCAUGCAGGUGCACCGGGACUUCAUCCAGAAAGCCAAAACUCAGCUGCCCAAAUUUUUCAAGCGAGCUUUGUUUGUCAAAACACCACAAGCGAUUCAACGCUUCUUGGCCCUGCUCGCUGGGAAGAUUGUGGGGGAAACUGGCCACAGGGUGACCGUAAUUAAAAACAUGAGGUCAUCGGACAUGCUGGAGGCCAAAAAAAACGGGCAGUGCUAUGUAAUUUAUGUGAAGGAGCACAAGACUCGCCGCACAUUUGGGGAUGCACGGGUCCCGGUGGAUGGUGCCACCUACGACAUCCUGAAGGGCUGGCUGGACCGCAGAGACAAAAUGCGGGGGUGGACUUCAGAGUACGUCUUUUCCGGCAGAUCCGGGGGUAGGGCUCCCCUACUUCUGUCAGAUUUUAAACGUAUUUGGCUGGACCUUGGCCUUCCGGCGCCAUCCCCCACAUUUAACGCAUUGAGAAGUUCAAUGGCCACUCGCCCUGGAGUGUGCCACUGAAAAACAGGCCAGUGAUGUGGCACAUUUAAUGUGCCACGAUCUGGCCACCUCAAAAAAAUUCUACAAAGCCGACCCGCCACCUGCUGCCACCGCUCGUGUCCACGACUUCAUGCUGGCUGCAAUCACCGGGAGCGGUCGAGAGCAGCAGCAGGUGGCACAGGCGGAGGAGCACCAGCCACAGGGUCCUGAGUCCCGUGAGGAGGGGACAGAGGACGUAGUGACCAUACACGAGUCUACUGACUCAGAGGAGUCGGACACGACUCCCCUGAGUCACAGGAGGAGACCAGUGACGAGGAGGAGGAGGAGGAGGCUGGGGCGGCAGCAGGUGGUCCCAAGGAGGUUGUCAGAAGCCCAAAACAUUCACGGCGGGCCCUCUUCCCUGAGUCACCAACUGCCAAAAAGAUGAGUUCAAGAACUCAAGAUGAUGACGGCGACGAGGGACCCUCCUCAGCUGGUCCAUCGAGCGAGCGUCCAUUUCAUACACAAAAGAGAAAACGGGAGGAUGAUGAUGGCGACGAGGGACCCUCCUCAGCUGGGCCAUCCAGCGGCCGUCCAGUGCACAGGCUAAAGAAAAAACUUUUACAGACAAGGUUGUCUGUGAUGUCUCCCUUCACCCCCGGACGGAUGUUGAGGUGGACAGUCCGCCGGACUCCCAGCAAGUCCCGCAAAACACAACACACUCCAAUAAAACAGAGAGUGGCCUCAGAUGGACAGCUUUCCACACUCAGCACCCCUCCACACUCCACUGACCCUCCUUCCCAGGUUUUCCAUCGGGUUUUUUCUUCAUCACCACAAGUUACCCCCACACAACCUUCCAAAACCCCAAAAGCAUUGGUGUCCCCCAGUUCAAGUGAAACUCCCAGCAGUCUCACUGCUGGGAUGGAGUCUUCACCACCACAGGUUUCCCAUGUCCCCCAUGUCUCCCCUGUUGUUUGUUCCUCGUCCCCCACUCUCAGUCCCCCCCAUGACCUAACUUUUGAACUCUCACAUGUUUCACCUACGCAAGUCUCAACUCCCUCCACUGCCACUCCGCCAAGGUCUGAAUCUGAACCAACACAACCCCAUGUAUACCCUACUUUUAGUUUUUCUCCCCCUGAUGUAUCCCUCAGUUGUCAUGACUCGGAGUUUGAGUUUUCCAUUUUGUCCCUGACGCCGACAUCAACUCCCUCCCAAGUCAGUGCCGUGAUGGAGGCGUCAGUAAGUGAACCCGAUCCUGUGUCCCCUGGUUUGUUGUCAUCUAUCCCCGAUGUCCCUUCUGUUCCGUUGGCAACACCUGAAGUUGCACCUGUCUCCCCUACCACAACCCCGACUCCCCCUCACGUCACCGGCCAUAUCGGUUCGGACGAGGAACAACAACAACCCCAUCUUUAUCCUGCAGUUUUGAUCUCUCGCCCCGAUGCCCCCCCACCUCAAUAGACACUAGUCAUAUUUGUUAUUAUGUAAAUAGUUUUUUUUAAAAGGACAUUAAUAUAUUUUUAUUAUAUUUCUUUAUUUUUACAAUUCAAUUUAAGCAUUUUUGUUUUUUGAUGUUAUAUAUUUUGUAUUUGUUCCAUUUAUUAAGUGUGUUUUUAAUGUCAACUCAGUGUUUGCACAUAGUUUUAAUGUUAAUAAAGUUUUAA